AAUUUUUUUUUUUUUUUUUUUUUUUUUUGUAUUCGUUUUCACCAGAAUCAAAUCAACAUCAUGUCUCAACCUCAAGAGUCUGAUAAUUUACAAAAUGCUCCAGAUAAACGCCAUCAGAAGGGUAGAUUUGGAUGGGUUAAGAGAUUAAUGCAAGGGCAAACUCGACAAGGGGCCAAUUUUAAUCAUGAACAAUUUGAAGAAGCACCACAAGUAAAUGGCAGAUGGAGAAGUAAUAGUACACCCAGUAGCAGUGUUGGAAUAAAACCAUUGAGUAAUGAAUUGGGGAAUAACAAUAGCCAGUCACAUCGUGACAUUGGUCCAGUUCGGGUUGUUGAAUUUGAAGAAGAUGCAAGAAAAUCCUCAUUUAGAAGUAAUUCAUCGUAUAAUGAAGAACAAGAUGAAAGUGAUUCUGAAGAUAUUUCUUCCGCAAAUGGUUAUAGAAGCUCUUCCAUUCUUAGUAGUGAUCAAUUAACCACUCAUUCUGAUAAUAUCAGUACCAUACCUUUAAAAUCAAUUGUAUCAGUACCUUCAACAAAAUCUCCUUCUAUAUUGAGUGGAGACCAGAAUCACGAUAACCAUUCUUACGUUGCAUCAACUGCAGAAACAUCAAUUGCCCCCAGUGUUGCUUACAAUCUCAAUGAAAUAAACCGAAAUGAAAUAAACCGAAGUGAAAGAAAUGACCGAAGUGAAAGAGAUAGCACCCGAGGCGAAAGAGAUAGCACUCGAGGCGAAAGAGAUAGCACCCGAGGCGAAAGAGAUAGUGAGUCUAUCAUUACCUUGGCCAGCUCUCUGAGAAGAGCAAGAAGAAGAAGUCUAGAUACCAAUUGUAGCACCACCGGUAUUCCUCCGGCAAGUAUAAUGGAAAGAUUAUCAGUGCAUCCAAGUGCUAGCGUGGCCAACGGCUCUUCGUGUGCGGUUAGCGUUAGAAAUAGUAAUGAAAGAUCAAGUGAAUCCACCGACGCAACCAAUGAAUAGUCUAUGUAUCUAAUGUAUUAUGUAUUGUAAUACCAAUCC